UUAAAUAGGAGUGCCUAGUGUACCAUGUUCUUAAUCUUGUGUAAUGCUUGCAAUACUUCCUCAAUUUGCAAGAACUGAUUUCUGAAUGAUGAUGUACUUAUGUGUCUUUUCUUACCGAAACAGCUUCAAAUGAGUCUCACUGUCAAAUUAUAAAGAAUAUUUUGCAUGAAGCCUAGAAGGUACUUUUAUAUAGCAAAUCUAUAGGAAAUUUUUGUAGCUACCAAGAAUAACAUUUCUGUACCAAUACACAAAAUCUCCAUUUGGUAAUGCAUAGGUAUGUAUAGUUUUUGUUAGCAGUCAAACCACUUGAAGAACACGUAGGUACAUUUCCUGUUUAAAAAUCUUCCUGAAAAUCGCUACGGACUUAAAGUUGGUGGGAAAUUUACAAUGUGUAGCAGUUUUUAUCGCAUCAGAACAGUGUUACUGUGUAAAAAAGGCUUGCUGCUUUCUCAUUAGGCAUUUUGAACUGACAAAUUAUGUGGGUUUCUGGAACAGCAGUUAUACUGCACUGUGCCACAGAGUACAUAACAAAUAUAAAAUAUUAGUGUCCCCUGUAGUGUCAUUUUGCCAGGAUCUGCAGAGUUCUAGAUAUACAGGUUGCAGAUCUGAUCUAUAUUUUGGUUUGAAUAAUUUGAAUCUGAAGAAAGUCUGCAAAACCUGAUUUGCCUUUGCGACGCCACCUUGCCAGAACUCUGAUGCUUGGGGAGCUUUCUGACCUUUCUUCUUUACCAUGUUACAUGCUGAGCUGCCACAAACAAAUUCAACAUUUUCUAGAGUAGAGAUACAAUGAUUUUUUCACUGCGGUAACAAAGUCUGCAUUUGUGGUCAGAUUGUACAUUUGUAUUAGUGCUUUAACAUUUGAGGGAAAUCUCUAUAGUUGCCACAAAGCAGAAAAGAAGCAGUGUCUGCUUGCUCUCUUUCCUUUACAGUUGUGUAGAUGUGCUGUGUCACUGAAGUUUUUGGGUCUCACAAUGCAUGUAUAUUUCUGAUGCAUAUUUAUGGGAAAAAGAACUUCUUCUCUAAGACUACACGCCCAUCCGAGGAAGGAUUUUGGGGAUGUGUAAUUGCUGUUCCUCAAAAUCUUUCAUCUGCGUGCCAUGACCAGAAGAAAACAAAGUGCUCUCUUUUAGGCUGGAAAAAUGUGGGCAGCACCAAAAAAAAUGGAAAAAAAUGAACAAAGCUCAUUGUGUGUUUGAAAAAUGCUCUCAAAACUGUUCGUGACCAUCUCUACUGCCAGCUCUCUCUUGGGUAUGCUGCUUAGCACAGCCGUGGGGACAGCCGGUAAGCUCCACCGUGACACAGGCACUCGAGCAGGCUUCCUCGUGCUCCAGCAGGUCCGUGCCUGUGAGAGCAACGAGGCUUCACCUCUUAUGGUAAAACUCAGUUGUUAAUGCUCAGGCGUGCUCAGCCUUGUGGCUUUUGUCUGUCUCUCACUAUUUUGUAGCAUUAUAUUUUGAAAGCAAUAUCCAGAUAUUGCCAGACUGUUAGAAAUACUCUGAAACUGGGCAAAACCCUGCCAAAAAGAAUGAGUCUGCCAGGACUAGGGGCUGGAGGGGACACGGCUUGCACCGGCCCUGGCAUGGAGAGCAGCACGUUAAACAAGGGACAGGGGUCCAAAUGGGGCGACUGGCAGGAAGAGCAUUCCUGUCACGUAAUCUGCUCUCGACAGCUUUGAAACCUGUUGUGGUCCAUGCCGUAGGGAGUACACUCACGGAGGGCAGUGCUGGAGUAGUUGUGUGCUCACGUGUGUACGUGCUAUUCGAUGGGUUCUGGUUCGCAUUCCAGGAAAGCAGCAUUGCUAGAUCUGAGAAAGAAGCAACAUUAACAAAGGAGGCAGCUGACUCCCUGCGUCAAACGCUCCUGGCCAGCCCUUCCACUGAGAAUUCACCCCAGCCUUACCAGAAGGAGAGGCAUUUUGGCUCUGCCCAUAAUAUUAAGUCUACAACCUCCAUGGACUGGAAAUUUUGCAGUUUCAUCGUCAUCAGUGAAUAAUUGUGGUACCUGUCUGCUUUGGCAAACUAGAAAAUUGAAAUGAAGAGAAAUACAGUAAAGUCAUUGCUGUGGCUGUUGAUGUUCUUCUCUGUGCCAUUCAGCUAUGAGAAAUCAAUGAGAGAGCGAGCUAUCAAGCUGAUGCAGGAUACACGUUUAAUUGAUGGCCACAAUGACUUCGUACUGCGGCUGAGAAUACUUUACCAAAAUAGACUCAGCAGAGUCAACCUAAGAGAGCUCAACAAGACCCACACAAACCUUGCAAAACUUCAGGCUGGUUAUGUGGGAGCUCAGUUUUGGUCAGUGUAUGUUCUUUGCAGCGCUCAGAACAAGGAUGCUGUACGUCUGACCUUAGAGCAAAUUGAUGUUGUCAAGAGGAUGUGUAACAGCUAUGAAGAGCUUGAACUUGUGACAACUUCCCAAGGCAUCUCUGACAGUAGGAAGAUUGCAUGUUUGAUUGGAAUAGAAGGUGGUCACUCCAUUGACAGCAGUUUGGCAACACUGAGGAUGUUUUAUGACCUGGGUGCUCGUUACAUGACGUUGACACAUUCCUGCAAUACACCUUGGUCUGAAUCAUCAUCUAAAGGAACACACAACUUUUAUCCUGGUGUUAUUGGUCUGACUGCAUUCGGCCAAGAAGUGGUAAAGGAGAUGAAUCGCCUGGGCAUGCUGAUAGAUUUAUCUCAUGUUUCGUAUUCCACAGCAAAAGCUGCACUGAAUAUCUCAAAAGCACCAGUAAUUUUCAGCCAUUCCUCGGCAUUUUCUAUUUGUAAUCAUUCCAGAAACGUUCCUGAUGAUAUCCUGCGGCAACUGAAAAAGAACAAGGGAAUUAUCAUGGUGACAUUCAAUGCAGAUGUACUGGCCUGUGGCAGGAAAGUUGUUAAUGUUUCUACUCUUGCAGAUCAUUUUGACCACAUAAAGAAAAUUGCGGGUUCAGAGUCAAUAGGAGUUGGUGGUGACUACGAUGGAGUGGACCGUUUCCCUGAGGGACUGGAAGACGUUUCUAAAUACCCUUCUCUGAUUGAGGAGCUUCUAAGAAGAGGAUGGAAUGAAACUGAACUGAAAGGGGUCUUGAGGGAGAAUUUUCUCCGUGUUUUCAGGGAAGCGGAAAAUGUGCGAAACGUUAAUGGACUAAUGGAUGUGAGUGAAAGUGAAAUUCCACAAGCAGAAGUACAAAACUCGUGUCGCCUAGACCUACAUAAUCAUUGGCUUCUGACAGCCAGGUCCUUUGGAUUUCCUUCUGUGGCACAACCUUUUAGUCUGAUGCUUGUCAUUUUAUCAUAUUUAAUACUGCAUUAUGCAUCAUAAGACGUAUGGAGUCUAGAGAGAGAUAUGUGGAGUAAUCUGCAUUGCAAGUAGUUAUCUUUUUGGGGGUUUGUUAAUGUAAAGCUGAUUUUAAAAAUAUUUUUUCUAUACGUUCACCUGCAUACUUGAAAGUUUAUGUAGAUUUUAAGUUGUAUCGAAAGCAUAUAGAACUAGAAGUGAUAAAUUCUGUGUCAUCUUGGCUAAACCAUGACCAACAUCGUUAACGGAAAGUAUUCACAUCUAAGAAAGAAAUGACCCGUAGUUUUGAUACUUCUAUAUUGUGGCACAUGGUAUAAAUACUGGAGUUCAGAAUCAGCAGUUCCACACAGGAACUAGAGAUACGAUUAAGACAGCUGUGCUGAGAUGUUUUCAGAUAUUGCUUCUUGUUAAAUCAUACAACUUCCAUCAUCAGCUGAUGGCCUAGUCAGAGGAGAGCACCCCUGGCACAUGUAGAAGAGUGGGGUUGUUUGUUGUUUUGUGGUUUGCUUUUCUUGCCGUAGUUGUUGUGUUUGAGAUGAGAAGAUAGAUGACAUGGCUAUUUCAGUUCAGAUUUCCUGCCUACCGGUAGCUCCGGGGGUCUGUCCUGCAGUACUGAACUCUGGCCAGGACAGUGGGCAACGGGAGUGUUCGUGAGGGUGGAGGUGGGGGUCUCGUGUUCAGGUGCAGGUGACCAGGCAAUGCUGUAGAUAGUUCUGUGUAAUUUGGGGACUGCUGUUUGCUGCAUCUCGAUGAAGCUGGAGCAAGAGUAAGCCAGGACAAAGCAGGAAUUCUGGCUGCUCUGAGGGUGAGAUCUUGUUCUGAUAUUUUUAUUGCCAUUUGAAAAGUAUAAAAUGAGUAUUUAAAUAAAAGCUUCGUUAGAAUGUUCCACAGCUUUGUGGGAAUCUUUUUCACGUUUAAACCAUGAUCCUUAUCAAUAAUAGGUUUUAUCAUUUUAUUUUUAUUCUAGCUGGCUUUAAUCAGACCACUGUCAAAGGGUUCAUAGGCAUGAGAUUAGAAAGAGAUCUUUUUAUUAUAAACCUUCUGCUGUUUCAGCCUUUGGAACAUGUUUUCAAAUACGCAGGGUGUGUGAGGUUAGAUGCUGCUGUUAUACAGAAGAGCAUAUAUUGCAACAGGCCUGUUCUUCAUAGGGUAAUAUCACUCAAACCUGGAAUUUUAACCAAAAAUCCUGAGAUUCAUGAUGAAAUUGUAAGAUGGCAGCACUACAUCUUUGUAGGGUCAUUUCCCAGUGCUUGCUGGUAAAUGCCUUCUCAUGAUAUUUGCUGUUCAUUGUGAUUUUUAUCUCACAUGCUUUAAUUUACUGAUUUGACAUCUAGAGAAUUUAGCCUUAGUCCUCUAAUUGACCUAAGGACAGCAUUUGUAAACACACAAAGUAUUUAGCAACUGAAAGACAAGGCUGAGCAUGAACAGAAUGGAAACAGCAAGUCAGUUGUUUUCCAGAGUCACUUGAGACUGUUCCCGGCAUCCAUUUCUGCAUUCCAUGUACAAAUGGCCUUUCUGGAAGGAGACUGUUCUUCUCUUGCUUCAGAAUGACGCUUCGUUAACUCUCCUCAUAAGGUGGUCUCCUUGAUAAGUAUGUUCUGGAUAUACUACUGCCACUUAUGAAUUCUUUACAAAUCAUGUUGCAUACAAGCCAAGUUUUUAAGAACAGUUUCUCAAUACAUACAGAUCCUGGUUACGCCUCUACAAUGGGGAAUUACUGCACUGAGCAGGAAGUCUUCCCUCCCGAUACUGCUUGGCUAGCACCAGAACUCGUUUUACUGGUGAAAUGAUGAAUUCAAGAGAGCAAACACUUCCCAUCAGUACUUCUGCUGAUAGCUUCAUAAGCCAUUGGGAACUGCCAGCCGUGGUCUCUUUUCAGAGAAUUAGUACCGUAAUAGUAACUUCCUCGCAUAUUUGAAAUGGAAGAUGCUUCUUAUUUCUUGCAGCCUUUUUCUUUCUACUGUGUUGUCACUUUCUUGCGCAGUAAUUUCUACUUUUUUUCCCUACUACAGCACGGAUUAAAAAUAUAUUCCUUUUCUUAAAGAUAUGGGUAAUGCUUUUAUGUUACUUAUUCCACCAUGCUACAGAAUUUGUGGUUUAUUUCCUUGUUUUAUCUAUAGUGUAUUGCACUUAUUUGUUUGACUGUUUCAUGCAAUUAAUAUUUUGUAACCUUGUGGCAAAACAUAUACAUGAAAUUUAAAUAAAAUGGUUUAAAAUUG